AUGUUGACUACUAUUGUCCUAGCUUUUUCACUUUUGCACGUCGCAUUUGCGGGCAAUCAGGUAAUCGAAGAAUGUGUUAAGCAAGUUGGAAAUCCUCCUAAAAAACGUCCAUCCGUGGAAUCUUGCCAAGAGGAUCCAGUUUGUCCAUCCAUAUUUGUAUUUGAUCCAAAUGCUCUUAAUGAAAUAGCAGAGAAUUUCGAUAUAAAAGAUUUCGCAGCAAGAAUGUGCCCGAAAACGUGUGCGAUGUGUUGUAAAACGAAGGAAUUUAAUUGUCAAGAUGGUCAGUUGGAUAGAAAUAUUUGCUUAACUGCACCUAGCGUAGCACUAUCGAUGUGCCCAUUUACAUGUGGCCUUUGUGCUGCUGGAAUGUGUCCAGAUGAAAACGAAAAUUGUGCAGCUAUUUUCCAAUUGGACCCUACAUGCAGUACGGAUUUCAUGAAGAGAUCAUGCAAGAAGACAUGUAGACUAACGGAUUAUAAUAACAAAUCAUUUAAAAUUCUAACCAAGACCUUUUGCAUUUCAGGUAAUUCAACUUCGUCAACUUGUACCGAUUUACACCCUCAAUGUCAAGCAAAUGCCCGGUAUUGCAAUAUAGGCGACUAUGGAGUUGUGAUGAGUCGAGUUUGCAGAUUAACUUGUCGUCACUGUACUCCUUAA